CUUGUGGUUACCUUUAUUGCUGUGGCUUGUUUACCAGAGAGGAAGAGGGCCGGUUGAUCCGUGUGCUCUGAAAGAAGCCUUUUUGUUGUGUUUUCUUUAAUCUAAGUGCAAAAAAAGAAGAAACGGCAUCGGCUUUUUACACGAUUCUCAUUAAACCCUGCUAAAGAACCAAAUGGAGUGCUUCUUGGUGGACGGAUGGGAAAGUGUUUAGCUACCUGUAUAGCUGAGUUACUGCUAAAAGUCACAGUGCUUAGCGAGGCCAGGACAGGGUCUGUUUCUGCUGGAAUCACACAUUGAUUUUUACUUUGUGGUCUCUCCUCUGUAGCAGUCUGCUCAUUUGUUUUGUGACGGUCCAAUCUGUGAACAUCAUGACAGCCAUCAUGUUACUGAGUCUCCUCUUUAUUCCAAGAGUUUUGGCUGCUUGUCCUCAAGAUGCACACUUGUUCAUUACUGCACCAACAAAAAUGGAAGCUCUGAGUGGAUCUUGUUUACAAAUCCCAUGUAACUUUAGUGGUACUGGACCAACACCGUUUGACAGCACAAGACUUGUUUUUGGAUUGUGGAUUAAAAAUGAUCCCAGUAUUAAAAAUGUGAUCUUCAACAGCAGUGGGACAGUUAACAUCUAUCCAAUGAAUAUUACAGGAAACCUGAAACAGAAAAACUGCACAACUCUGUUUUCCAAUUUAACCACAGCUUAUACAAACACAUACUACUUCAGGAUUAUGAACUGGCCCGUCAGAGCAACUGCUGUUUGUGAUCCUCUUACAAUAACAAUUAAAGAUUCUGCUUGGAGGCCCAAGAUUACAGUCUCAGGUGAUCUGAAGGAGAAGGAGUCUGUCACUAUAACCUGCUCAGCUUUCACUCCCUGUCCACACUCCCCUCCUGAACUCACCUGGAAUCUCCAACAAGACUCUCACAACAAAAUAGAGGAAAACACAGAUGGAAGCUUUACAACUAAAAUCCAGCAGACCAUCACUCUGUCAGACACACAUGAUGGAAAGAAGAUCAGCUGCUCUGCCAGAUAUCCUGUGAACCAAGGAGAAGAAACCAAGACAGCAGAGACAGAAGAGACUCUCAGUGUUUCAUAUGCUCCUAAAAACACCUCAGCAUCCAUCAGUUCAUCAGGUUUGGUGUCAGCAGGCAGCUGGGUGAACCUGACCUGCUCCAGCAGAGCCAAACCUCCAGUCAGCAGCUUCACCUGGUUCAAGAAGAGCACAGAUGGACCUGUGAGAGUAUCUGAAGGACAGAUUUACAGCUUCAAUGUAACAGAUGGAGGAGUUUAUUACUGUGUGGCCACUAAUGAUCUGGGUACUCAGACAUCAGCAGAGAUUCAUGUGAAUAUUGAAGGAGUCACACUGUGGCCACUUCUUGGAGGAAUCAUCGGGAUCAUUGUACUCUUAAUCUUAAUCUUACUCUGCUUGAUUAUCUUUGUUUGGUGUUUAAAAUCAAAGCAUCAAACUCAACAGACUCAGAUUCAAAUACACGAAGAGCUGGUUAGUAAAAGAGAAGGAGAGGAAGAAAACAUCCAUUAUGGAGAGAUCAGCUUCUGUAACCUGAGAUAUGAAGCGUCCUCUGACUCAGUGCAGGACAGAGGACAGCAGCAGGAUACGGUGUACGCACAGGUGAAGGUCAACAGGCCAGAAAACAGCUUAACACAGAGAGCUCACGGCCAAGAGGAACUCUACGCUGAGGUCAAGAAAAAAUGAGAACUGUUGUGAAAUAACAUCACAUUAACAAAAAGGGUUAACAAAGAAAUACACACAUGGAGCCUGUAAAUGAAUCAUUUUCACAGUUCAGUGAAGCUCAAAAAGCAAGACAGACAACCAUUCACAUUCACACUGACAGGUAAACGGGUUUUUUGUGAAGAAAGACAGCCCAUCACAGGACUAACACAGAGAGACAGACAACAUUCAC